GAGCACCGAUCCCCGCGCGACACGCGCGCGGACAGCGCUCCCGCCGCCCCCAAGCACUGCACGCUGGGAGUCGUAGUCCCCGGGAGCCACCUUCCCUUCUCUCUCCCAAGCGCGCUCGCCCCCUCCGCCCCGGGGCGCGGUGACUGAAUUUGGCCCCUGUCCCGUCCCGUAGCGGUGGGACGAAUCUCGCCCCCCCCCCCAGUCAUGCGGAGGCUGCUGUCGACUCUCCGAUUCCACCACGCCCGGCUGUUGGCGGCGGCGGCUGCCGAGCUCCCCGCCCCGGGACACAGGGCGCCACCGGCUGGCUGGGGGCAGCGGCGGGCAGCGGCGGCCGCUUGGCGGCUGGGCUCGGGGCGCUCCAUGGCGCAGUGCGGGGGCGUCGCCCCGCCCUCACCCGCCGCGGAGGAGGCGCAGGGGCCGGGGGCAGCCGCCGGGGACCCGCCCCCCAGAGCCGGCGAGUCCCUGGAACACGAUGGGCUGGAAAAUGUGCAGGGGGAAAAAAUCAUUCCAAAAAAAAAGAAAAGAACAAAAAGAAGAAAAGGGUCACAAACUCCUCCUGACUCCAUGGAUUGUUCAAUGGCAGAAAUGCCAUUUGCCAGUACAGAUAUUAAAGAUGAAUUUGGCAUUACUAGUACAUUUGAAAUGUAUUUUAAAAAGAGGAGAAAAAGAACUACUAGAAAGAAGGCUGAAGAUGAUGAUCAAACAAAGAAGAAAAAGCAAUAUCAGCCAAACUAUUUCAUCUCUCUUCCAAUUACAAACCCAAAGAUUACAAGAGGUAUUCAGGCUGUCCAAGAUAUAGUAGUACAAAAGGAUCACAGGUUUUCCCAAGCAAUGGUUCGUUAUGGCUCCUUACAUGUCACCCUGUUAGUGAUGCAUUUAUCCAGCGAAGAAGAAGUUGGCAUAGCAGUCGGUGCUCUUUUAGAAAGCAAAGAUGCAGUAGAAGAACUCCUACAAGGAAAACAUUUGGAUUUAUCAUUUCAAGGAAUUGAUCAUUUUAGAAAUGAAGUUGUAUUUGUGAAGUUUGCAGUGAGCGAUCAUACAGCCAUGCUUACGGAGGUAUCAGAGACCAUGAAGAAGAUAUUUCAAGAAAAAGGCAUCUUGGCAGGAGAAAACAGAGCUUGUAAACCUCACUUGACCUUCAUGAAGCUGUCAAAAUCACCAGAGCUACGUAAGCAGGUGAAAAAAAUUGACCCGAACCUGUAUGAGAAUUUUAAAAACCACUAUUUUGGAGAUGAAACUCUGUACCGCCUAGAUCUUUGCUCCAUGUUGAAAAAAAAGCAACCCAAUGGCUACUACCACUGUGAGUCCUCUAUCACGGUCGGUGAAAAGAAUGGGGCAGAGCCAGAUGAUGCGGAAUUGGUGAGCCUCAGCAAAAGGCUGGUGGAGAACGCAGUCCUCAAGGCUGUACAGCAGUAUCUAGAAGAAACGCAAAACAAAAACAGACAGACUGAUGGAAGCCCAGUGAAAACUGAGGAAUCAGCUAGUGGCAAUAAGAAUGAAAAAUGAUAGUGAUAACAGAAAGCUGUGAGAAUGCCAAGGAAGCACAAAUCCACCAAGAAUAACCAUCAAAAUAUGUCCCAGCUCCCUGUUCAGAUCUGCUAAGUUGUGCUGGCUGACUUGCAUUAUGCUUUGUGAGCGUUCUUAUCAGAAAUGUGUUCUGAAUCGAGGGGCACUAACAGUUUCCUGAAAAGCGUUUGGAUUGCUGAAAAACUACUUAAUGCUGGGAAAGAUGAUUGGGGAAAAAGAGACAAGAUUUUGAAAUAAAAGAUCGAACUUUCACAGGCUCUUAACUACAGAGAAUCUCUUCAUAGCUUGCACUGAAAUGAAUGGCCAUGGAACAAGGCCCUGCCAUAAGUGAAAACAAUGCGAGCUACAGUGUUUGGCAGAGCUGCAUAACUGCUCACUUGAUCUGCAGCAGAGAACUCCACAUUGUGCCGCAAAGCUGAGAGCAGUCAAUGCUAAGCUAAAAAAGUUACCAGUACAGAUGUUUAUCACAGAUACUGUUACACACUAGGGAAUAUCAUGGGAGUUUCUCUUGAAUGUGACACUAAGAAGUGUUCUUCACUUUUCAGUAAAGUUUGUUCACAUCAAUUAUAUUUUUUGACAAAACACUACCUUUUUAUAUACAAUAAACACGGGUGAAAUUCUAACUACUUAAAGAAAACACAUGCCUGUUUUGAUACAUUAAUGCCAUACUUUAAUAUUUAGAAAUGACAUUAGUUAUAUGCAAAAUGUAUUGUAUCAUUCUUUUCCUCUAGGAAAGAGCCGUGAAUCAGACUUAAUAAAGAAAGCCUUCCACAGAGAAUCGCUGGCCCUGUU